AUGGGCUGGAUCUCAAUUCCAGCGGCUGUUGUGUCGUUCAUUUGGAGCGUUACCAUUCAAUUACUGUCCUAUUUGCUGUCACCCCUUGUCUUCCUCCUAUCGCCGGUGAUCUACCUCGGACGGCUUGCUCUAUACAUAACUCUGCUCCCUUUGCGUAUCUUGAUCAAAUUAGAGGCAUUCAUCUACUUCCUGACAGGGGCCGUUCUUAUCGGGGCAACUAUAGGCAUGUUCCUGUAUUUUACCGGAACUGGUCUGUCGCAUGCUCUGCAGAUUGAGGGCUUGGAUGAGCCGCGCCGACGCCCCGUGAAACGCGAGGCUAUAGAUGCCGCACCGCAAGGCUCACCCUUCGACUAUCUGGAUGUGAAGAUAGAAGAUUACAGACACCCACCCUCAACGAUAUUGGAGGAGGAAGAAACCAGUUAUGAUUCUGAAUGA